AUGCCAGAGAAGGGUCACGAAAUCCCUUUAAGAAAUUCCCGCAAAAAGUGGCUAUCCCGAAUUUUACGAUGGUCAGUUUCCUCUAUUUGCUGGAUCUCAUAUAUCAUUUAUCGCGGCGUGGUGGUUGGGCAAAUAAAGUUGGAUCCGAGAAAAGGAAAAAUGGUCAUACACCCUCGGAAUAUUUGGACCAAGCGGAUUGCCCUGCUCCUAAAGAUAUUGACACUGCUAUGGAAUUAUUCUUUCAGUCAAUAUUUAUGUAUGGCGUUUCUUCCGAUACUUCCACAGAAAUCAGAAAGGCUUUUUGAUAAUCUGAUAGAGGCAAUUGCAGUUCAACUAUCGCUUUGGAAUACCGCUCGCCUUUAUUCUUGGCUGAAUAGCCUAUCCUGGAAUCGCUCAUUUGUGGAUCGUGUGAAUGACGUUAUCCUGGUAAACGCUCAUUUAAACUCAAUUCUCGGACCUCUAUCCUUGGAUGGUAUCUCGCUCUUGGUCCUUUACGUAGUGCAUUUGCAAUUUACUCUGCUGCAGACUAUUAAUCAUACUUAUUUAGUACCGAUGCUAAACACUCUGCUGCUGGGGUUAAUUUGUAAUGUGUAUGUUGCUUACCAAAUGCUUCUGCUAUCUUGGAUCGCUGGAUCAUUUUCUGAAGGUAAGAAAAAUACCGUAGCCAUAACAAAAUUUUAUACCCGUUACUUAAAAAGGGAGCAGCAGCCAAACAGAAAGCAACGAAAGAAACUCCUUCGGAUACUGCGGAUUUAUGCAAAAAUUAGUAGUGUCCACCUGCUCUGGCUUCCAGUGGCAAGCAUGCUUUUCUCGAACAUCGUUGAGCUAGUGAGAAAUUGGUCAUACAUUAUCGAAUGGAUAUUUUUCCACCGCCGUAAAACUGUGAUGCAGAAAUGGAGCUUCGUUUUCUGGAGAUAUCUGGGCAGCGGAUUUGCGCCAUUGUUGAGGAUGCUACUCAUUGGUCUUUGUAAUGACCGUUUGGUUCAAAUGCAGGACUUUCUCAAUUUGCAGCUUCUGAUAAUCGAUCUGAGACAUACAAAAUUUAAACAGUUGAAUGGUAACUUUGUCAGUCAGCUCAAGAACUUGCAAAUCUGUUUUGAUCUCCAACUAAGGGCACAACCCAUUAGGAAUCAAAUUAUGAGUGUUAAUCAGGAGUGUGGAUGUCCUUUCGCCCUGGACUUCUUCUUCUGUACCGUGCUAAAUUCCAUUAGCUGCGUUCAGUAUAAAAUGACAAAUGGAAUUAAUAGCGACUGA